GGGAGUUUGCAGACGCUCCCUGGCUGGGGCUAGCCCGGAAAAGUGACUUUCGAUUUCACUUCUCCAGCUUCUGCGCCACAGUCCGGGCUAGUGAAGAUCCCCAACCGCAGACCGAGAAGAUGAGCUGUGGCCUCCUGAACAGUUCCAAUGAGCCAGUGCCCCUGCGCAGCGGCUCGGUGACAGUGCUGAUCCGAGGCUUCGUGGCGGACGUGAGCUGUGAGCUGCUCUACAGGAAUGAGGAGCAGGGGCCCGUGGAGGCUAUGUUCGUGUUCCCCGUGGACCCCGAGGCUGCCGUCUACGCCUUCGAGGCCCGCCUGGGGAGCACCUGCAUCCAGGCCCAGCUCCGCGAGAAGCAACAGGCACAGCAGCUGUACGGGGAUGCGCUGGCCGGGGGGCAGAGCUCUUUCCUGCUGCAGCAGGAGGGGACCAAGGGCGACGUGUUCAGCUGCUCCCUGGGGAACCUGCCCCCUGGGGAGGAGGCGGCGCUGACCCUGCGCUACGUCUGUGAGCUGCCGCUAGAGCCCGAUGGAGCCGCCCGCUACAUGCUGCCAGCCGUGCUGCGCCCCCGCUACACGCCCCAUGGUGAGACCCACAGAUACUCCUGCCACAUUAGCCUGCCUGGUGAGACUCAUAGUCCCCAACACCGCCACUGCACACCCUACAGGUGGGACGGAGAGGACGUCACCCAAGGGGUCCCACGAGUUCCCCAAGGGGAGCUGCCCUACACCCUGAGCCUGAGCGCCACGCUGCAGUCACCCCACGGCAUCGACCGCGUGCUCUCCAACUGCUCCCUCACCCCGCUGAGCUACACAUCUGGGAACCGGACCAGCGCCCAGGUGUCUCUGGCCGAGGCCCCCCCGUGGGACCGGGACGUGGAGCUGCUAGUGUAUUACGCGGAGCCGCACAAACCCAGCGCAAUGCUGGAGAUCGGGUUGCCCGGAGCAGAGCCAGGCUCCCUAAUGGGUGACCCGGCCGUGAUGGUGACCCUGCUGCCCAGCCUGCCCGAGGCGGUGCUGGGCCAGAGCUCAGCCGGGGAGUUCAUCUUCCUGCUGGAUCGCUCUGGCAGCAUGGAGUGCCCCAUGGACAGCCGAGACCGCUCGCCUCAGCGCAUCGACAGCGCCAAGGAGACCCUGGUCCUGCUCUUAAAGAGUUUGCCCCUGGGCUGUUAUUUCAACAUCUACAGCUUUGGGUCUCAGUUCGAGUCCUUCUACCCGCAGAGCGUGGCAUACACCCAACAGACCAUGGCCAAGUCCCUGCAGCGCGUCCAGCAGCUCCAGGCCGAUCUGGGGGGCACCGAGAUCUUGGCGCCGCUACAAGCCAUUUACCGCAGCCCCUGCCAGGACGGGCACCCGCGCCAGCUGUUUGUGUUCACGGACGGGGAGGUGGGGAACACCCAGGAGGUCAUCACUGAGGUGCAGCGUCACCGGGGGUCCCACAGGUAA